AAAUAAUAAAAAAUAUAAAACAAGCAAGUAAAGAAAAAUAAAUAGUAGAAAGAUAAUAAAUUAUUUAGCUUCCUUCAUUUUUAUAAAUAUAAACCAACAAAUUUUACUGUGUUUAACGAGUUAGGCCACAUUAAAAUAUUAAAAUAAAACCAUACUUCUUGUAAAAUGUAGAAAGGCAAUAGUAUCAACUUCAUUUCUUAUGAAAAUUAUCGUGAUGAUGAGAAAAAUAAUAAUUAAAUAUUUAAUGAUCUUGAAUAAUAAUAUACUGGAAGUUAUUAUUAAGAAUAGAUAGAUCAGUAUUAAGCCACAUAAGACAACAAUUAAUUCGACAAAAAUCUGGAAAAAAACUCUUAAAAUAAGAUAAAUUAUAAUUAUGAACCUAAUCUUGUUUUUGAUCAUAUUUAUGGAUUUAAUCAGGGCAGUAUUGAAGUAUUUAGUGUCUAAAGAGAAGAUAAUGAGUAUUUAAAUUAAUAAGAUACAUAGGAAUAAUAAAAUAAUCAUUGGCUUUAUCUUGAUGAUGAAGAUCCUAAAAUUUACAAAGAUUAAAAAUAGUAUAGUAUAAUAUAACAUUCUAUUGAUUUAGAUAAUUUUCCUUAAAAUCAUCAAAAUACAUAAACUUUUUAAUCUUAAAAUUAGAAUAAUAAUUAAUAACUUAAUAAUUUUCCAUCUAUCUUAUAAAAUAAUGAAAUGCAAUAUUAAGAAAUCAUGAAUAUUGAAUUAAAUUAAUGGGAUUCCAAUAGUGAAUAGAAUGAGGAUAAUUAACAAGCAAACUCCAGCACUAUAAAUUAAAUUGAUCAUUUUUCAUAUAUUUAAAAUUAAUCCAAUUAAAUAAACAUCAAUAAUAACAAUCACUAAAGCGAAAAUAAUAAUCAGAAUUAAAAUAAUACAACAAUAAAUAUUGACUAAAACCUAUUAUUUAAGAGAUAAAUUAAUUUAAAUGGAUAAAUUUAGAAUUAUAUUGAAAUAAAUUAACUCAAAAUCUAAACUUUAUCUAUUGAAAACAAGCAAAAUAUGAGAAAAAUUUUAAUUGAUUAUACUUAAGCUUUAAAUUCAUUACCACCACAACCAUCAACAUAAUUUAUGUGCUUUUGCAGCAAACAUUAUGAAUAAAAAAAAAAUUUAUAAAAACAUAUAUAAAAUAAGCAUUCUUUUUUACCAGAAAUAUGGCUUUGGCAUUAUUAAUAUGAUGGAAAUUACUAAUUUUGA